AUGAAUAUCGUUGCGUUUGGAAUAACUUGCCUGCUACUCCCGCUUUUGGGAUCAGGUCAAUUCCUUGACAUGUCCUGUGGAAUCCGAGCUCCAAGUCCCUCCUCUCUCAGUAGGGUUCGGAAUGGAACGGUCGCCGGAAGGACAUCGAGUCCCUGGAUGGUCCUGCUUCACACAACUUCAGGCAGAUUCAUUUGCGGCGGAACUCUUAUCACUCACCGCCUUGUACUAACUGCUGCCCAGUGCGUAUUACCCAAUGCUUAUCUAGUAGCUCGUCUGGGGGAGUAUGAUAGAGAGGACUACGGGAAUCGGACGGAGGCUAAUGUGGAAAAGGCCUUCAAGCACCGAUACUUCGAUCCCGUCAAGAUGGUCAACGAUAUAGCCAUUCUUCGGCUGGCCAAAAGAGUGGAGUACACAGAUAAAAUAAGGCCCAUUUGCAUCGUGACAAGCCCCAGAUGGAGGAACUACAUCAAUACCCUGACUCCGCUGACUGGAACAGGAUGGGGAGCAACUGAGACUGCGUUUGACAGCGCCAAACUCAUGACUGUGGAUCUGAAUCGUCAGCGUCCAGAAAUCUGUCGACGCUAUACAACUCAAACAAUUACGAAUACUCAGUUCUGCGCGGGAAAUUCGGCGAGCAAUUUGUGCAACGGCGACUCCGGCGGUCCUGUUGGAUCCCUAAUCGAAUACCAAAAGACCCAACGAUUCAUCCAAGUAGGAAUCGCCAGUUAUACCAACAGAGAAUGUGCCAAGGCCAGCGUUUUUACGGAUGUCCUGAGCUUUGCCGACUGGAUCAUUAAUGUGCAGAAAUCUAAAUCAUAAGAACCAGAUAUCCACUUCCAGGUUCGAAUUCUGCAAAGGACAUCUCAUUAUUCUGGUGCCAUAGGAAAA